AUGAAUGUUCAACGUCAUCUCCGGGGCUCUUGCAGCUGCGGCCGCAACAACUACAUCAUAGCAGUCCCAGAAAACGCCGCCACCUCCGCUCAUGUUUUCUUUGACAGCAGCAGCGAGAACCGACGCAUACAAGCUACACCAGUCACAGUGUGGCUUCACAUUCCUCUCACUUGGUAUAAGAGCAAUACGACGUCAUUCUUUCCCGACGAGACCCACUCGAUGAUCCGGAAGAUGUUCACUCCUGCACAUGAGCCACAUAGUCAGAGAAUCUUCUGUGGAUAUUGUGGAACACAUCUUUCGUAUUGGACAGAAGCUGCUCGAGAUGAAGCCGACUAUCUGAAUGUUACAGUUGGGAGUCUCUUUGGCGAAGAUCUGAGAACUCUUGAAGAGCUUGGACUUCUGCCAGAUGAUGUCGAUGAUUAUGAUAUCACUACGGGCCCAACAGAUACGCGAAUUGCCGAGAGGGCCAAUAAUCAACAGCUUGCAGGACGUGAUGAAACGGUACAGAGAAGAAUAAGCCGAGGUGUCGGAAGGGACAUUAGUUGGAUCGAGGAGAUGAUUGAUGGCAGCAGGUUAGGCAGACUUCAGAAGACGAAGAGGGGCGUUGGUAGAAGCGCAGAUGGGAUGACGAUGGUCGAAUGGGAGAUCACGGAGAUGAUUGAUAACGGAUCCGAACACGAAUUGGGUGCUGGACGUGGAAAGCGGAAGCUAGGUGAGGUUGCCUUGGGAGGAGAUGCGCAGAUGCAACUAUGA